AUGACUUUGGAUACAGCUUCCGUGAUUGGUAGUCGGUCGAGGAUAUCACUGACGUGGGAGAAGCAAGAACAUCUCAUUAAAUUGGCUGUGUUGAUUUUAGCCGCUGUUCUAUCGUUUGCCACGCGCUUAUUUUCGGUGCUGCGUUUUGAAAGCGUUAUCCAUGAAUUUGAUCCAUACUUCAAUUACCGCACCACGCGGUUUUUGGCGGAACAAGGAUUCUAUAAGUUUCACAAUUGGUUUGAUGAUCGAGCAUGGUAUCCGCUUGGACGCAUUAUUGGCGGUACCAUCUAUCCUGGUUUGAUGGUUACAGCUGCCGCACUUUACAGGCUUAUGUGGCUACUGAACAUCACUAUUGAGAUUAGAAAUGUAUGUGUCUUCCUAGCGCCAUUUUUCUCCUCACUGACCACUUUGGUCACAUAUGCGCUGACUAAGGAAAUUCAUAGUACUGGCGCAGGUUUAGUGGCAGCUGCUCUCAUUUCAAUUGUACCGGGUUAUAUAUCACGUUCGGUAGCUGGUUCUUAUGAUAAUGAGGGCAUUGCUAUUUUCUGUAUGUUAUUUACCUACUAUCUAUGGAUUAAAGCAGUAAAGAGUGGCGCCAUUUUCUGGUCAGCAAUGUCUGCAUUGGCUUAUUUCUACAUGGUUUCAUCCUGGGGUGGUUAUGUGUUCCUGAUUAAUUUGAUACCAUUGCAUGUGCUGGCUUUAAUGAUAACCGGUCGAUUUUCACACCGCAUUUAUGUAGCAUAUAGCACUUUGUACUGUGUCGGCACCAUACUCUCUAUGCAGAUUUCCUUUGUUGGAUUUCAGCCAAUACAAAGUUCAGAACACAUGUUGGCACUCGGCACUUUCGGUCUAUGCCAGAUACAUGCGCUUGUCGACUAUUUACGCGCACGUCUGUCCAAGGAAAACUUUGAGAUUCUUUUCAAAGCUUUAGUGUCUACCAUACUCACAACCGUGCUCAUAAUUGGCACCGUUUUAACAAUCACCGGUAAAGUGUCACCAUGGACCGGUCGUUUCUACUCAUUACUCGAUCCGUCAUAUGCGAAGAAUCACAUCCCCAUCAUCGCUUCGGUGUCAGAACAUCAACCUACAUCUUGGUCGUCGUUCUACUUUGAUUUGCAGAUAUUGGUAUUCCUAUUUCCUGCUGGCUUGUACCUAUGCUUCUCAAAAUUAACGGAUUCGAAUAUUUUUAUUAUACUCUAUGGCGUAACCAGUAUUUACUUUGCGGGUGUCAUGGUACGUUUAAUGCUUGUACUAGCGCCUGUUAUGUGCGUUCUCUCCGGCAUUGCCACAUCUCAUCUGCUGUCCAAGUAUAUAAAGUGUAUAGAUGCCGGUUCAACGAAGACCGUUGAAAGUAGGCGUCAAUUUAAAAAGUUGGAACAGCAAAGUAGCGGCGUAAAAAGCGAGGUCGCAAUUGGUUUUGUGGGCAUAAUUACGUUUAUGCUUAUUGUUUACACUUUCCACUGUACUUGGGUCACAUCGGAGGCAUAUUCAUCGCCCAGCAUUGUACUCAGUGCCCGGUCACAUGACGGUGGCCGCAUUAUAUUCGAUGAUUUUCGGGAGGCAUACUAUUGGCUGCAGAUGAAUACACCCGAGGAUGCACGCAUCAUGUCCUGGUGGGAUUAUGGUUAUCAAAUAACAGCAAUGGCGAAUCGUACUAUUUUGGUGGAUAAUAAUACCUGGAAUAAUACGCACAUAUCACGUGUGGGACAAGCCAUGGCUUCAUCCGAGGAGAAAGCGUAUGAAAUUAUGCGUGAACUUGAUGUGGACUAUGUACUUGUCAUAUUUGGUGGCCUAACUGGUUAUUCGUCUGAUGACAUUAACAAAUUCUUAUGGAUGGUACGCAUAGGCGGUAGUACCGAUCGUGGUGCACACAUUAAAGAACGCGACUACUAUGCGCCAAAUGGCGAAUUUCGUGUAGACAAAGACGGUUCACCAACCCUACUCAAUUGCCUGAUGUACAAAAUGUGCUAUUACCGUUUUGGUCAAGUGUACACGGAAGGUGGUAAACCGCCGGGCUACGAUCGUGUGAGAGCUGCUGAAAUUGGUAACAAAGAUUUUGAGCUUGAUGUCUUGGAGGAAGCCUACACGACCGAGCAUUGGUUGGUGCGAAUUUACAAAGUCAAGGAUCUACGAAAUCGUGGUGUAUAAAGGCAGUAUCUGAUUUUCUUUUACUAGCGAGGCAGUACACUAACCAGUGCAGUAAAUUGAAUGAUAUUGAAACGAAUACUGUUAAACAUGAAUCUUGCAGCAAAGUUUUGUAUAAUUAUUUUUGGAAUAUCAAGUUACUAAAAGCGGUGCUUUUUUUAAUUUAUAAAUACAUAUACUCUUCAUUUCGAAUGCCAAAAAUGUAUUGUGUAAUAUGAAUCCAACAGAACUUUGUUUGAAACUUAAAUAUACUAAAUCUAUUAAGAGAAAAGUAAUGUAUGCAUUCUAAUAUUGCCUUUUGUUUGAAUGUUUGUAAGUUAGAUUUCGUAAAAACUAAUGUUCAAAAUGAAACAAAACACCUACAUAUACGCAUGAUUUUGUAUUGAUUCGGAGAAAUCGUAAAUAAUGCAUUUGAAGUUUGUUAUAUUUGGCAAUAAAAAAAUAAAUAAUUGUGGGCUCUCUAA